ACCAUUCCAAAAAAUCAACAACCUUUACCUUGCUCAGCAAGAACCUGAUGAAGUCCUUCUGAAGCCACGCCCACUGUGUGUGCCGCUCUAUUUAAACACUGCCCAAACCCAGGAGCGUUAUUCUGAACUCUGAGCUAAUUAACAGAGAGCCGAGGUGUCUGUGUUCCUGACAAACAUGUCUGUGAUUAGCCUGCUCCUAGCACACACCUCCACGGUGUCUCUGGCUUUAGUUUUAACUGGUUUUAUAUUUUUAUACUUUUACUGGAAAUCCUCCAAGUCGUCUAAUUACAGCUUCCCCCCCGGCCCGCCGGCUCUACCUGUUAUUGGGAACCUGAACAUUCUGGACCUGCACCGGCCGUACAAAACGCUGAGUAAGCUCUCAGAGACGUACGGCAAUGUGUUCACCUUCCACAUGGGUCCCAAGAAGUACGUGGUUUUGACAGGCUAUGAGGCGGUCAAGGAGGCUCUAGUAACCCAAGCAGACGACUUCUCAGAGAGAGGCCAGACGCAAGUUUCAGAAAACUUCUCUAAAGGCGGGAAUGGUAUUAUCUUCGGUAAGGGGGAGUCCUGGAAGGUGAUGCGUCGAUUCACCCUCUCCACUCUGCGGGACUUUGGGAUGGGGAAGAAGACCAUUGAGGACCGGAUCAUCGAGGAGUCCCAGAGACUGGUGGAGGUCUUCCAGUCCCACAAAGGAAAACCCUUUGACCCCAAAAUCAUCAUCAACUCUGCUGUCUCCAACAUCAUCUGCUCCAUCGUGUUCGGAGACCGCUUCGACUACAGCGACGCACAGUUCCUGGAUCUGCAAAGCGUUCUAAACAAGAAUGCCAGUCUUAUUGUGAGCCCCAAGACACAGCUGUAUAACAUGUUUCCUUUCUUGGGCAUCUUCCUGUCUGAUCACAAGAAGGUUCAUACAAACAGAAUAAUGCUACAGGGGUACUUUAGAAACAUAUAUAGGGAUCGUAAAGACACUGUGGACAGCAGUGACCUGAGGAGCUUCAUCGACACGUUCAUCUCCAGGCAGAGAGAAGAGGAGGCCAGAAACUCCAACAAGUAUUUCCACGAGGAAAACAUGGCUGCCACCGUGGGGAACCUGUUUGCUGCAGGGACUGAGACCACCUCUACCACCCUGCGCUGGGGGCUGCUGUUCAUGAUGAAGUACCCGCACAUUCAGGACAAAGUCCAGGAGGAAAUUGAGCGUGUGAUUGGGAGGGAGCGCCCCCCGCAGGCCGAGGACAGGAAGAGCAUGCCCUACAUGGACGCCGUGCUGCACGAGAUCCAGAGAGUGGGCAAUGUGGUGCCCAUGAACCUGCUGCACGAGACCACAGGGGACACCACCUUCCGGGGGUACAAGAUACCCAAGGGUACCCCGGUGAUCCCGCUGCUCUCCUCCGUGCUCUCUGAUAAGACACAGUGGGAGACCCCUCACCAGUUCAACCCCAACCACUUCCUGGACGCGCAGGGCAAGUUUGUCAAGAGAGACGCCUUCAUGCCCUUCUCAGCAGGUCGGAGGGUAUGUCUUGGAGAGACCCUUGCCAAGGUGGAGCUCUUCCUCUUCUUCACCAUGCUCCUGCAGAAGUUUCACUUCCGCCCGCCCCAGGAGGUCAGCCCUGAGCAACUGGACCUCACCCCCACCCCUGGCCUCACCUCCGGCCCCCAGCCCUUCCAACUGUGCGCCCUGAUUGCCCCUGACGUGGAUCUGACCCCGGCCUCUGUCCUACCCACCACCCCCCUGAACCCCACCCCCACCCCCGGGGCCGGCUUCCCCUCUGAGGCACUCAACGAGCCCAAGAAGAAGCUACACCCUACACAACACAACGUGGGCGGGGUGCAGGCUCUCAGCAUCUUCCUGAUGUCCCAAAGAGCCGAGGUUUCUGUGUUCCUGACAAACAUGUCUGUGAUUAGCGUGCUCCUAGCACACACCUCCACAGUGUCUCUGGCUUUAGUUUUAACUGGUUUUAUAUUUUUAUACUUUUACUGGAAAUCCUCCAAGUCAUCUAAUUACAGCUUCCCCCCCGGCCCGCCGGCUCUACCUGUUAUUGGGAACCUGAACAUUCUGGACCUGCACCGGCCGUACAAAACGCUGAGUAAGCUCUCAGAGACGUACGGCAACGUGUUCACCUUCCACAUGGGUCCCAAGAAGUAUGUGGUUUUGACAGGCUAUGAGGCGGUCAAGGAGGCUCUAGUAACCCAAGCAGACGACUUCUCAGGGAGAGGCCAGACGCACACCACAAACACUGGCUCUAAAGGCGGGAAUGGUAUUGUCUUCGGUGAGGGGGAGUCCUGGAAGGUGAUGCGUCGAUUCACCCUCUCCACUCUGCGGGACUUUGGGAUGGGGAAGAAGACCAUUGAGGACCGGAUCAUCGAGGAGUCCCAGAGACUGGUGGAGGUCUUCCAGUCCCACAAAGGAAAACCCUUUGACCCCCAAAUCAUCAUCAACUCUGCUGUCUCCAACAUCAUCUGCUCCAUCGUGUUCGGAGACCGCUUCGACUACAGCGACGCACAGUUCCUGAAUCUGCAAAGAAUUGUGAACGAGAAUGUCAGGCUGGGUGUGAGCCCCAAGACACAGCUGUAUAACAUGUUUCCUUUCCUGGGCUUCUUCCUGUCCGAUCACAAGAAGGCUCAUCAAAACGGAACAAUGUUCCAGGGGUACUUUAGAAACAUAUACAAGGAUCUUAAAGACACUGUGGACAGCAAUGACCUGAGGAGCUUCAUCGACACGUUCAUCUCCAGGCAGAGAGAAGAGGAGGCCAGAAACUCCAACAAGUAUUUCCACGAGGAUAACAUGGCCAUCACAUCUGGGAACCUGUUUGCUGCAGGGACCGAGACCACCUCUACCACCCUACGCUGGGGGCUGCUGCUCAUGAUGAAGUACCCCCACAUUCAGGACAAAGUCCAGGAGGAGAUUGAGAGUGUGAUUGGGAGGGAACGCCCCCCACAGGCCGAAGAUAGGAAGAGCAUGCCCUACAUGGAUGCCGUGCUGCACGAGAUCCAGAGAGUGGGCAACGUGGUGCCCAUGAACCUGCUGCACGAGACUACAGGGGACACCACCUUCCGGGGGUACAGGAUACCCAAGGGUACCCCGGUGAUCCCACUGCUCUCCUCCGUGCUCUCUGAUGAGGCACAGUGGGAGACCCCUCACCAGUUCAACCCCAACCACUUCCUGGACGCUCAGGGCAAGUUUGUCAAGAGAGACGCCUUCAUGCCUUUCUCAGCAGGUCGGAGGGUGUGUCUUGGAGAGACCCUUGCCAAGAUGGAGCUCUUCCUCUUCUUCACCAUGCUCCUGCAGAAGUUUCACUUCUGCCCGCCCCAGGAGGUCAGCCCUGAGCAACUGGACCUGACCCCCACCCCUGGAAUCACCUCCAGCCCCCAGCCCUUCCAACUAUGCGCCCUGAGCCACUGAGAGACCCUGUGACACUGCGACCCUGCCUUACUGCAUCUGCUAGACCUUACUACAGCCACUGACCCCUCACACUGGACCCUUCAGCCACUGAACUGCCAGGAUUCUGUCACACUGAGACCCUGUGAUACUGUGACCCUGCCUUACUGCAUCUGCUAGACAUUACUACAGCCACUGACCCUUCACACUGGACCCUUCAGCUACUGAACUGCCAGGAUUCUAUCACACUGAGACCCUGUGAUACUGCGACCCUGCCUUACUGCAUCUGCUAGACCUUACUACAGCCACUGACCCCUCACACUGGACCCUUCAGCUACUGAACUGCCAGGAUUCUGUCACACUGAGACCCUGUGAUACUGUGACCCUGCCUUACUGCAUCUGCUAGACCUUACUACAGCCACUGACCCCUCACACUGGACCCUUCAGCUACUGA